AUGCAGGACCCAAGUUUAGCAAAAGAUGGUCAUGUUGGGAAGACCAUCAUUGAUCCAAACACUAAAGAUACUUACUUUCUCAACAAGCAGAUUGGUUCUUAUGGAUGUUGCCAUGCUUACAAAGCUCUUUAUUCAAGAUGUAUGGAGAAUGGCACACUUGUCCCUUCGGGCCAUGAAACUUUGAAGAUCAUUAACAAGAACUUGCAUGAAAGUGAAAGUACCGAGCCUCAACGUCAAGUUCACACAAGUUUUCAGGCAAUUGGAGUCGUCGGAAUUGGAGUCGAUAAUUCUUUCGCAACUCAGGAUUUGUUAUGUGUUUCAUUCCCUUAUAUUUCAAAAGGAUCUCUUCAUAACAUUCUCUCCGCUCGUACUCCAAAUAAUAAAAAGAUGCCAAAAUAUUGCAUCGGUAUUGUUCUCAGAGAAGCACUUCUUGGUCUGCGAUUAAUUCAUAAUACUGAAAGGGUUCAUAUGACUUUUAAUCAGGGAGAUAUCUUUGUUCAUAUUGACGAUAAUGCUACUGACUCUGCCAGAAUCUUGAUCAAAUUAGCAUUUGAGGCAUUAGUUUAUGAUCAUUCCGAAAACAUCAAUACUGAAGAAGCCAGUUCGCCCUCUUCGUUUUUGGACGUUAAGGGUAUUUCCAAAUGGAGUGCUGCACCGGAAGUGUUUGGGAAAGAUAAUGAUACAAGUACACAAAAAUCUGAUAUCUGGCUGUUGGGAAUAACAGCACUGGAAUUGGCGUAUGGGGAUUUACCUGUUAGGAAUCGUGAAGACUUGAAUUGUAUAAUCACGAAGUUAAGGGAGAAAAAAAGAUUGCCAAGAUCGCUCGAGAACUUGCUGAAGAAGAAAGGGAUUAUCAAGAGAACAUUGGAUUCGUAUAAACGAAAAGAAUAG